AUGGGCAAGCUUGUGUUUGCCCCAGUCGACCUUGGGCGAAAUGGCUUGCGAAUUUUGGAUAGCGGGACAGCAGAUGGACGAUGGCUCGUGGAUCUUCGCGCAUACCUACGAUGUAAAGACAACGUCUUGAUAGGAACGGACUCGGUAGAGAGGAUGUUCCCGCCUACUCCGCCUGGAGGUAUUUCGCUCCAGGUUCAGCGGGUAGACAAGCCUUGGCCACAGAGCUGGCUGGGUAGUUUCGACUAUGUACACCAACGACUAGUCCUACCUGGCUGUGAAUACUGCCCAGCCGCGACGGCUGUCAAAAACCUGUGCGACCUUGUCAAGCCAGGGGGCUGGGUUGAGAUCCUAGAACAGGACCACAACCCCCCUACUCCGGGGGCCUUUGAGAGAGCCGAGUCAAUGAUUCGUGAGAUUUUCACCGUCAAUGGCUUUGGGUACGAUUACCCGCUUCGGAUAAAGAAAUGGCUUGAAGAUGCCGGAAUGCAAGACGUGCGCCAGGAAGUAAUUGACGUCCCGGUAGGAGCGCUAAAUCCCAACCCAGAGAUGGCUCAGAAAAGCACUUGGCAGAUUAGUUCUGCACUUGCGGGUUUCUUACCCAUGGCUCGCGGGUAUGUAGCUUUGCCGCUUUCCAUGCCGCGGGAUCAACUGGAGAGUCUGCCCGAGCACACCGCCGAGGAAAUGAAGCGUGUUGGUGGCAUCCAGAGAAUAUACAUCGUAUACGGAAGAAAGCCUUGA